AAAUCCAACAAUUCAUCGUUCAUCUUCUCACUGUGUCUUUGCAUUACACUGUAGAAAAUGAUGAUCCAUGCCUUAUACCAGGAACGAUUGAAUUAUGAAAACUCCAUCCUUCCACGGAACCUUGUGCCGAGCCUUCCGAAUGAAGCAACCCCGGAAUGGUUGAACAAGGCAGACAACGAGUGGCAGCUGACGGCAGCUACGAUGGUAGGACUUCAAAGCGUCCCCGGUCUCAUAAUCCUCUACGGAAGCAUGGUAAAGAAGAAAUGGGCUGUUAACUCAGCUUUCAUGGCUCUCUACGCAUUCGCUGCAGUCCUCCUCUGCUGGGUCUUGUUUGGCCAUCGCAUGUCGUUUGGUACCAAUUUAGGGCCUUUCUGGGGUAAGGCCGGUACCUCGCUCGAAGAACAGUUUCUCCUCAAGCAGAGCAAGUAUUACACGCCGAAGGCCAGUUACGUUUUAUAUGAAUUUGCCUUUGCUGCCAUUACUGUUAUAUUGCUUGCGGGGUCGUUGCUUGGUAGAAUGAAUUUCUAUGCAUGGAUGUUGUUUGUCCCUCUCUGGCUUGGCUUCUCUUACACCAUCGGCGCUUGCGCUAUCUGGGGUGACUACGGAUUUCUUGACAAGAUGGGUUUGCUCGAUUUCUCUGGAGGUUAUGUCAUCCAUCUCUCCUCAGGGGUUGCUGGUUUCACAGCUGCAUAUUGGGUGGGCCCUAGGCUGGCUCUUGACAGGCAAAGCUUCCCUCCAAAUAACAUAAUUCACAUGCUCGGAGGCGCUGGCAUGCUUUGGAUGGGAUGGACAGGCUUCAACGGUGGAUCGCCAGGCGAGGCGAAUUUGAUCGCGUCCUUGGCCAUUCUCAACACCCAUCUAUGCACCGCAACCAGCCUUCUGAUGUGGGUGUCCAUGGAUAUGAUUUUCUACAAGAAGAGCUCUGUGAUCGGGGCCGUUCAAGGGAUGAUCACUGGCCUUGUUUGCAUCACGCCUGGUGCAGGGUUGGUUGAUGCAUGGGCAGCCGUGCUGAUGGGAUUGAUGUCGGGUUCAGUCCCAUGGUACACCAUGAUGGUCCUUCAUAAGAGGACGGCGCUAUUCCAACAAGUGGAUGAUACCUUAGGGGUCUUCCACACACAUGCUGUUGCCGGCGUGUUAGGAGGAAUCCUCUCAGGUCUUUUAGCUGAACCUCGGCUGGUGAGAAUGUUCUACAAAAAUGAUAAAAAAGAUAGGCUUGGUUUAAUAUACUCAGUAAUAAACAGUGGGGAUUACAAAAAUGGCCUACGACAGAUAGGGGUGCAACUCCUGGGUGCUGCUUUCAUAACAGUGUGGAAUGUGGUCAUUACAAGCUUGAUUUGUAUCGUGAUAAGCAGGAUUGUGGCUCUCAGGAUGGAUGAUGAGAAGCUCAAGAUAGGGGACGAUGCCGCGCAUGGAGAGGAGGCUUAUGCACUAUGGGGCGAUGGAGAGCACGCUAAUUCGUACGUUCUUCGCCUCAAUAGGACCCCAAAAAUUCCUGAUCUCUGUGGUGGGGUCCCGAAAGUUCUCAAUCUUUGUGGUAGUUAGAUUUUAGUGAUCUACCUAUGCAUGUGCAUGGUUGGGUGGUAUAUGACAGUGAACCCCUAUGGAUUUCUUGUUCCUGCUUUUAUUCUUGCUGGUUGUACAUGAUUGUGUACCCGUACUUAUUUACUUGCUCAUUUUUUCAUAUAAUAAAUAC